AUGGUUGAAAAUUUUUAUGAAGUAAUUUGUGGUGCUCAUCAGGAGAUUAUUGAAAUUAGUGAUACAGAGUCAAAUGAACGUUAUCUCUACAAAGAAAAAGGAAAAUGGCGAGAGGAAAUCAACAUUACGAAUUCAACUCGUCCCAUACAUCAAAAUCAUGAAAUUGUUCGUCAAGCGGCAAUAUUAAGU